AUGCCACUCGACGUCCAUGAAGCGUUUUCACGCAAAAACUUCUUUCUCACUGGAGGAACGGGGUUCAUGGGGAAAGUACUCAUUUACAAAAUCAUGAAAGAGUUUCCGGACGUUGGUUAUAUUUAUGUUCUCGCACGAGGAAAGAAUUCGAGAAGGUUGAAGCGAUAUCUCAACCCUCAGGAGCGAGUAAAGUUGGAGGUGCUCAGCUCACCGUGUUUUGACCCACUUCGGAAAAGUAUGGGGGAGGCUGCCUUCAACGCAUUGGGUUCGCGUGUAGUGGCCAUUGAAGGAAACAUUGUUGAUAAUCGUAUUGGUCUCAGUGACAAGGAUCGCCAGACGCUCAUCAACCACACGCAUUUUAUUGUACACAUGGCGGCAACCGUCAACUUUGAUGAGAGACUUAAUAUAGCGGUGGAAACCAAUACGCUGGGCUCUCUUCGUGUGCUCACCUUGGCUAAAGAGUGCAAAAAUCUUGAGGCAAUGGUUCAUGUUUCGACGUGUUAUGUUAAUUAUAGCGUACAAGGGAGACCCGUCGAGGAAUGUCUCUACUCGCCUCCGUUCGACCCCCAGGGGAUGUGCAAACACAUUUUAGCGCUCAACGAUAAGGAAAUAGACACCGUGGGCCGUGAUCUGCUCAAGAAGUAUGGAUUUCCCAACACAUAUACCUUCACUAAAUUCAUAGGAGAGCAGCUUUUGAAUGAAAAUAAGGGAAACUGUCCUUUGGUAAUUGUGCGGCCAUCCAUUGUGGGAUGUAGCCUUAAAGAACCAUUUCCAGGAUGGGUUGAUGCCCUGACGGCCGCUGGUGGUCUCAUUUUAACUUGUGGGUUGGGUUUGGUACGGGAGCUCGUUUGCCGCCAGGGGGCCAUUGCAGAUAUUGUGCCAGUUGAUUUUGUCGUUAACGUCAUCUUAAAGGCCCUCUUCCAGGCAAAAACACACUUCAAGGGCAACACACCCAAAGUUGUGAAUGUUGAUGAGCACGCAAGGGAGAGAUCCACUGCUGCAAGUACCGCCCAAGGCCUGCUUAACCCCUUGACAGCAGCGAAACAGUUAAAUGGCACCGGCAAAGGUGCCCUUAAAGGAGUUUACGAAGGCAAUCCGGCUUCCAUUUUUCAGCAGCAACAACAACAACAAAAUCAUGCCAGUAACAACGGCGGUGGCCACAUCAAUAAUGAUAAUGACCAAGGACAGCAACAACAGCAACAGCGUGACACCGGUGGUCCUGUCGUGGCCAUGGCAGGUUCGGAUGUGUAUGGAACUAGUGUACCAUUUAUUUACCAGGCAUCCACUUCGCAUUCACACAACCAUAUUACAUGGCGUAGGAUGUCUGACGCAUCGAUAGAGUACUGGAGUGCGAAAAAGCGCCAUCCCAAAGCCCUCGGACCCGUCAGUGUGCAAUUUAUGGAGUCCCGUCUUCUCUACGCCAUGAAAUUUUUUCUCUGCCGCGAGGUUCCUUCUCAUGCCCUCGCAUUCCUGGCCGACCUUCCGGAGCCAAUCGGGUCCAAAAGCAAGCGGGAAAAUGUGAAGAAACUGAAGCGAGCCCUUUUUCGUGCAAAGGACCUUAACCGGCAGUUUGUUGCCUUUACAUGUACUGAAUGGGUUUUUGCCGCGACGAAUACCAUGUCACUUGACGAGGGUCUUAGUGAGCGGUCCCGUUCUGCAUUUUACUACGACCCGUACUUAAUUAACUGGUGGUCAUAUUGCCACUGGUACUCGUACGGCCUGCUGAAACAUAUUGUGAGGGACACGGGAAGUUUCGAGGAGCCUGAACAGCCGGAAACUGCUGCGGAGCUGUUCAGGAGGGCCUCGUCCCUUUGA